AUGGCGCUGCAGUCCUGCCUGGUGGAGACCUUGAAGCUGUUCGGCGACAAUGCCUACAAGCGCAAGGGAUUGCUACCGCAAAACGUGUCGCGCCCGAGGGAUGUCUUCGAAGAAGCCAAGGUCAAGUUAGAUGGCGUGGCAUCUGCUAAGCUGGACCGUGUCCUAGCAGUGGAACUGGAGGAGGCUCGUUGCAUCGACGAGCUCGCACAGGCACUCGAAAGCAUUCCGCAGGACGACGACGAGCCGGGCGACAUCAUAUUUGGCCCUAUGUGA